AUAUGGAUUGUUUCUAUGUUCAAGUGUUACAAUCCGAGAAACCAGAAACAAAAGGGAAGCCAUGUGCUGUUGUACAAUAUAAUGAUUGGAAAGGUGGCGGGUACUUAUUGCUUUUUUGCACAAUUAUUCGGUUAUAGAAUAAUUGCAGUAAGCUAUGAGGCCAGAUCUCUUGGAGUUACCAGGAUUAUGCGUGGAGAUGAUGCUAAAGAAAAAUGUCCUGAUAUAAUUCUUUUUAAAGUGCCAUCCCGUAGAGGAAAGGCGGACUUAAGAAAAUUUAGGAAAGCAAGUACUAAGGUCAUGGACUGUAUUUCUCGAUUUGUUAAUGACAUAGAACGGGCAAGUAUCGAUGAAGCAUAUCUCGACAUUACGAAUGCUGUAAAUAAAAGGCUUGCAGAUCGUAGUAUUUCGAUGGAAACUUUGAAUUUUUAUCCCGGUAAUCACGUCGUAUUACCUCCUGAAAAGGCCGCCCCGUUUCUUUCAUCCACAAAUUCGACUUCUUUAAGCCUAGAACUUAAUCACAAAAAUUGGAGAGAACUCUUGGUUAGCACCUUAGAAUCUGGUUCUCAACUCAUUGUUGCGUCCGAAUUGUCUUGGGAAAUAAGAAAAGCUAUUCUUAAUGAAACUGGCUUUAGCUGCUCUGUUGGCAUCGCCCAAAAUAAGACUAUUGCAAAACUCGCAUGUUCACUAAAUAAGCCCAAUAGGCAAACAAUGGUUCCGCCAGAGUCGGUUGAUUUUCUACUAUCCAAUACUCCUGUUAAAAAAAUUCGAAAUUUGGGGGGAAAACUUGGGUUAUCUGUCGCCGAGCAGUUUAAAAUAGAGAACUUAGGUGAAUUAUCGAAGAUUCCACUGUCACAUCUGACUGCUGCAUUUGGUGAAAAAACCGCCACGUGGUUAUAUGCUCUCUGUCGAGGCACUGACACAGAGCCAGUAACUCCUCGUAGCCUUCCAAAGUCGAUUGGUUGCAGCAAAAACUUUCUGGGCCAAAAUGCUCUAACUUCACAAACACUUAUAUUGCAUUGGCUUCGAACAUUGUCAGACGAACUUGUAGAACGGCUCCGGGAAGACAUGUACAUGAAUAAUCGUGAAGCAACCUGUGUUGUGCUUUAUGCUCGCAUUCAUUCCCCGGUCGGUCCAAGUACGUUUUCGCGAACUUUGUCUGGUGCUUCCACAUAUUUAGCGAUGCUCUCUACUAGAUCCGAUACUUCCACCUCCCAUCAGUUUUCUUCGGGUGAGGAGUUACACAUUUCAGCGGACGAAGAAAAGGAAACUGAGAUUAUUAUUUCUAAGCUGUCUUAUCUAGGCUUAAAUGCACUUCGUGAAGCUCUCAGUAUUAAAAAUUCUGAGCUGGACACCUGGUAA